AUGGAUCGCACGUCGAGCGUCCCUUUGAGCACACUGAAGCCUGCAUACUCUCGCAUACCAAGUCUAGGCAACACCGAUGACAGUGUUUUCUCUGCUGCCUCUGGGUCUGCUAGACCCCAGUCUGAACACAACUCUCAUUCAUUUUUGCUGGAACAUGAUUCGGACGACAACGACGAUGCUCGGCCUCGUAAAUAUUUCCGAUUACCACAGGCUUGGCGCUUUGGAGCCACGCUCGCCUCCAUUACUGCGGCGUGCGUCCUCGUCGUGAACCUCGCUGUUGCCAUUUGGGCGUAUUUCAAAUCGGGCAAGCAAAGUAAUGGCCACGUCUACGAAGGCGCAUGUGAAGACGUUGAUAUGGCAAGUAUCGGCAUCCAUCUUCUCAUAAACGUCCUAAGUACACUUCUCCUUGGCGGCAGCCAGUACAUCAUGCAAUGCCUAUGCGCACCGACCCGCAGGGAGAUCAAUCUAGCUCAUGGCAAAGGCGUGUGGCUUGACAUCGGCCAGCCAAGCCUGCGGAAUCUCCGAUUUAUUCGUCGGUGGAAGCUAGCUGUGUGGGUAGCUCUGGUUCUAUCUUCAUUACCACUCCAUUUGUUCUACAACUCCGUCUUCUAUUCCUCUCUUGCGCAUAAUGACUACGACAUUUAUUUCGCCUCUGAAAAAUACCUAGACGGCGCUGCAUAUAACACUUCAAAAUUCCCUUCUCCUGGAACGGAGAAAUACGAGCGCUGGGACUGUUUUGAUGUUGGAGACGGCCCAAUGUGCGAUCCGGCCCCAUGGCUCACUGAUCCCAAAAGUGUGCAGAAGGAUGCGCUCCAAUGGGACCGUCUGGAGAAUGAAGAGUGCAUCAGUGCUUAUGCGCAAGAGUUCCUCGCCGGACGCCGCAACCUGGUGCUCAUCGUUGAUGACCUCGACAAUACCACUUCAUCCCUGUACGAGCUUGAGAGGUAUCAGCUAAUGAACGACUAUUACGAGACCAUCAAUCCCGAGCCUUACUACUGGAUUUGCUCUCAUUAUUACGGAUACUGGAAAGAGGAUUACCCACCUUGCAGUAACACAGUAGGCAGUGUUGAGUCUGACGCGUCGAACUGGGCCGUUUAUGGUUAUCGCAUACGCUAUUGCCAAAGCGAGAAGGUGGAACAAAAGUGCAGGCUGAACUUCAAUCUCCCCGUCCUUGGCAUUGUCAUCGUUUUCAAUGCUGUCAAGCUUGGUUGCAUGGCAUUUGUCGCCUACAGAAUGCAUGACAGGCCCAUGAUCACGCUGGGAGAUGCUGUUUCGUCCUUCCUCCGAUUACCCGACGCCACCACAAAGGGGAUGUGUUUGGCCACGCGGGCCCACUUCCAACGUUGCCGGGAUUGGUCGCAAGAAAUCGAAACACCCAUGACGUACCGACGCCAGAAGAUGCGCUGGAUGAGGACGGCGAGCAACCAACACUGGCUUAUCACAGUGUCCCUUUUCAUACUCGCGCUCGCCACUAUUCUCGGCCUUCUCGGCUACUCGAUACCCCAUUUGAAAACAAGCUAUGGGCAUUCUGGCAUCUCGUCCCUCUGGAGCCUUGGUGUCGGCAAAACUCGAUCAGAGACGAUGAUCGAAGGAUGGGCAAUUCCAACGCGCGGAGAGUCGGCGGUAAUAUCCGCAAUCUUGGUGGCCAACUCACCUCAGCUCAUCCUCUCGUUGAUCUACGUCUUCUUCAACGGCCUCUGCACCCGAAUGCUCCUAGCGCGGGAAUGGUCCAGCUUUGCGCGGCACCGGAAAGCCUUGCGCGUCUCGAGUCCGCGCGGCGAGCAGAGGAGCACGUACUUCCUGCAGCUCCCUUACCGAUACGGAGUGCCGCUGAUGAUUUACUCGACGGUCCUGCACUGGCUCGUUUCGCAGAGCAUCUUCCUUGCGAGGGUCGAGACCUGGGACAGCGCCGGAGCCUACGCCGGGCGGGAGAGCGUCACGACGUGCGGCUACUCGCCCAUGGGCAUCAUACUAACGGCGAUCGUCGCGGCCUGCCUCGUUCUGACCGGGUUCGGCAUGGGUCUCCGGCAUCUGGACUCGGACAUGCCAAUUGCCGGCGGCUGCAGUGCGGCCAUCUCUGCGGCUUGUCACCCCCCAGACGAAAUUUCCGAAAAGCUGCCGUUGCAAUGGGGGGCAUUGCCGGCAGACGAAACCUCCGGCGUUAUUGGGCACUGUUCUUUCUCCAGUGGCGACGUGGAAGAGCCUGUGCCGGGGAACUUGUAUGCUUAA